UACACAGUGAUCCCAGGACGGGCCCCACCAACGCUACCUUAUGUCGUAAGAACAGCGCAUUCUCUACAAAUGCUCUCGGCACGCCGUCUCGUCUCUUUGGAGUUUGGAAGCUCCACUGAUAUUCUGAAAGCCCUCCUGCUUUCAGAAUACUGAUGGUGGACGAUACCAACACUUUGGCUUCAGCUGAUCCUGUAUUUGGGAAGCUUCCAGAUCAUCUCCUCAUAGAAAUCUUCAUUCGUGUUCCCAUCUCAGAGUGGGCUCAGAUAUCCUGUGUUAAGAAGCAAUGGGCCAAUCUAUUUCAAGAAGAAUGUUUAUGGGAAACUGCUCUUGUUAGGACGUGGCCCUUGGCUGUUCAGGGGAAACGGUGGCCUGGUCCUAUUCCUCGAGGCUUGAGUAGAAGGAGAUAUGCGGCUUUAUAUGUUGGUAAGAACAUCUUCCAAUUUGAUGAUGAGAUUGAUGAGAUUGUGGGACAUUCUUAUUUGUUUCUGAAAGAGCAGCUUGAGCUUUCAACAGUGCCUCCUCCUGGGAUACUUCAUGGAACCAUAAUUGAUCAGUUUAUUGCCUGUGGCAAAUCUAGAGAUGAGGCCUAUGAGCUUGCUUCACGGAUCUGGCUGGCUGUUAUCAACAAUCUGGAGGAAAAUGAGCACACAUUUCAAUUAUUUAAACGUCUUGCAUUAGUGGAAGAUGUUUUCCUUCCGUAUCCAUAUUCACGAUCAUUUGAAGUCAAAUGGAGGAUAUUCGAUAGGCUCUUCACAGAUUUCCGGGAUUGUUUCAAUCUUGAAGAUUACAACAACUUAAUGGCAUGUGCCAAGCAGAAUUUCCAGCCAAUACCUUCUAUUUGGUUAGGUUACUAGCCAUCUCUGUUUCUUAGAUCGUGUGAUUUACUGUAUAUGUAGAACUCUACUGUAUAUGUAGAACUGUGAUACAGAGUUUAAUAUAUUGCCUCAAUCAGGAGCUUCAUGGUCUCUCUGUAAACAAGCUCAUUGGGUUGGAAUUGUAUAUUUUUUUCAUUUUUAUGUUUGAAGAAUCUUUUAGAGUAAAUUUUCAUAUACAAGUCUAGUCUUUUCAGCAAGUCUUAUUGUUUGUGGCUGCUGUUCUGGAAAGGACCCAGUUGUUCUCUAAUAAGAGCAGUUUUUUGGCUUGAA